GUGAUAUCCAGGGUCCCGUUUCAGCGUCUGGUCCAGGAGAUAGUGCGAGAUUUCAACGCCGAGGUUCGCUUUCAAGGCUUAGCUGUUGAGGCACUUCAGGGCUUUGCGGAAGAGUUCCUCACUACCUUUCUCGCUAUAGAUGCGAACCUCCUUGCAACCCAUGCGAAUCGCGUCAUGCUUCAGCAGGAAGACGUUCACAUCUUGUACACGAUCAUGAAGAACACGCAAUGUAUCAACCCCAACCUUCUACAAUAA